UUCAGAUUAUUAUUACCUUGAUUUAUUGCGAUUCGACGUCUGCAUCGUAUGUUCUCCUUUUGAAGGGACUAAAUUUUCCACCAAAUUUAAGUUUAAAAUUCAAAAAUGUAUUCACUCACUCUACUUUCACGUGCAUACGCACAGCACACACACACACACACUGUAAAAUGAUUCACAACAGGGACUGUAAUAUGAAGUUUCUUUAACCAAAUACGAAUAUGCCAUGUUUGACCUUUUGCUACUUGCUAUUGUAUCACUGCGACAUCGCAAGUAAACUUCCGAUAACGGGAGACUUGAUACAAGCGUACUCAUAACUCGAAAUCUAAUCUCCUUUCUGUGUAUGAUUUUUGCGCAGCAAGGUGACAGCUGCCUAAUACAAAAAAAAAAAAAAAAAAUUAAAAACGUUGAUUCAUUUACACGCACAAUAAGGCGAUGCAGUACAUAUAGUUUAACUCCUUUCUUUAAGUUUUAUCGAGUUGAAGUAGUAUUUGGUUCAACAGAAUGACAGGGAAAAGUUGAAUUUGGGGGCAUUAGACAACUGCAGUGUUCUACACAAAAUUCCCGAGCGUAGCUAGAGGCAAUAACUCGCACAGUUUGAAUGCGAGCAGUCCAAACCUCUGUCGAGGGGCAUUUACCAGGCAGCUGUCAAACACGUUUUAGGAAGGACAAACUAAUGUCACCUUGUUUCAGGACCAUGAACAGGGCAACACCCGGUGUGUGGAUUACUUUCAUCAGUAUUUGAAGCAGGCUAGGUUUGCCCUCGGUGGGACAGUCUGGAUUUCUCGGCGUUAGCGAGCAGGACAAAAACACGGCUGGUUCGUCGAAAACACUCAUGAAGGGUCCUGUGCGUCAGCCAUCGCCGAGGCACUUGCCCAAACCCACCCAGUCAAAUGAAGGGCAGGUGAAGGUGAAGCGCAAAUGCGGGCGUCCGCGAAACCCCAUUCCUCGCCACAAGCGCGUGUCUCAUAUCAACGCAGAACACAGGCGGCGCGGUAAAAUACAAAAUGGAUUCCAGACUUUAAAAAAUUUGGUACCAAAAUUUGAAACAUCGGGACGAGAGAGUAAAGCUGACAUUCUCUUUAAAGCAGUGGAAUAUAGUCGCAAGUUACAGCGGGAAUGCACUGAACAGGGAAGACAGUUGGAAGAACUACGCGCAGAACGGGAGACGCUGAAUGAUGAAAUCGAGCACCACCAAACAAGUUUACCCGAAGGACAGCUAUUUGAAGAUCAACCACUGACUGCAGAUCAGCGGCUGGAUCACUUUAUUCACUCUAGGUGUAUUGAAACAUGGCAUUUUUGGAUCUUCGGAUUUUUUAUGCGGCCUCUGCAUAGCUCUUAUAAGAAUGUCGACUGCGCAACAGCGGAUGCUUUCGUGAACAGUGUAGUAAACUGGGCAAAGCAAAAUCUUUCUUCGGCAAACCUUAGAUCAGUGGCUUUGGAGUCUCUUCGUAAUAUAAGCAUCCAGACUUCUAUAAUGACAAGUCCUGAAACUUUAUCAAAGGAAGCACGUGAGCACUGUCGCAGAACCGUUGCACGAGAACAUGUUCCUACAAGUACGGAGACUUGUCGCCAGCAAGUACGAAGACACGACGAUCUCAUGAUAUCCUCAUCUUCUCAUUCACGACGAGGUUGUUUCUGUCUCCAUUCCGCCGUCACAGAAUUUGAUAAAGCAGGCACAUUAUGUAACGAACACUCAUGCUCUGAACCCACUGAAAUGCUCCAGAACUUUGAUGACAUAACCAGCUAUGAUUCCAGCACGUCGAUGGAUACAACAAGCAGCGACAUUGAGUCAGCCUUUCAACUUGUUGAUAAGCAUAGCCUUGAAUCAUCAACACUCAGCCUGUGUUUAAAAACUUCACCCCUGCAUAUGAAAAUACCAAAAGCAAUCAAACAGGAUGAUGCUCAGCAAGGUGUAGACCAAGAUACAGUCAUUUUUGACAACUAUGAGUCAUCGGCAACAGAGGAGGAAAUCAAAACAUCACUUGAGGUAUCCCCUCUUAAUGCAGCAAGCAGUUCCUAUCACUGUCCGAAUCCCCUUCUUGAAGCUGUUGGAGAUUCACGUGUUAACGAACCUGCUUUAUUUGAAAGUUUUGAUACGCAGUAUCUUCUGGAGUCAGCUGGCUGUCAAUUACAGUCAAAAAUUACUGAAAAUCAUUGCCUUCUAGAACAUUCUGAUCAUCAGUUACUUGACACUGCUGUAGAUUCUGAUCAUCCUUUUGAUCUUUCUAUGUUGGAUUAUGAUGUGGUGGGGGAUUUACCUUUAUCGUGCUAUAUGAUGCUUUGAGAAUUCUUCUUCUCUUGCACCUGUAUCAGUAACUUUUUCCUCUACUUUACGCAUUCCAACCCUAUGCACUCAUACACAUAUCCUUUUCCUUUCUUUCUCUCUCACUUCUCAUUCUUCAACAGAGAGACUUGAGCUCUUCUGGUGACAGAAAAGGGUAAUAAUUUUUGUAGGUGGUGCUUUCAUAAGAGGCUAUUUCUGUCAAGCUGUUUGCCUCUUUUGCUGUUCUGUUGUGUUUAGCGACAUUUGCAAUGCGUUUUUCUCUUAACAUGAUGUUAUCAAAUUACUUAGGCUAAUUGUUUGAACAACUAAAAAAAAAUAAACAAAAUAUAUAAUGAAUAUUAUAAGGAAUAAAAAUGCUAGGGCACCAUCUACUAUAAUCUUUCCUCUUUACGCAUUUUACAGUAGACUUUCAGUCUAACUGGUACCCAUGGGGAUUGGUAGAUGCUGGGUAAAUGCAGCUUCAAUGCUUGACAGUUACUAUUAAAUAUAGGCCUAAAUAAUACUACACCCCCCUACUAUAUCAUACCAUACUAUAAACUCUGUAUUGGCUUGAAAUCAAAAUUGAAAUACAGUGAUUAUAAGCAAAUGAAGACACAUAAAGACAAACUUAAUGUAGUGCUUAUUGAUUAUAUAAACUGCUUUGUGAAUGCAGGUGUGCAAUGAAAGUUAAAUGGCAGUAAAUAAACUUUUCAACUUAAUGAACUUUACUAAUACGUUUUUAACGCUCGAGUAACUUACUUCUAACACCCUUUCGCACAAUGCUAGUGCUUUUUCACACCCUUUCCUUUUGCUAUAUUAUAAUAAGUUCUUGUCCUUGUUAUUUGGUUCUUCUUUGCAUUUUCUGUAUUUGAUUUUAUUCUUCAUUAGUACUGUUGUUUAUUCUUUUAUAGUUUAUAUACUGUUUAUUUGUUUUCCUGUCCCUUGGUGCUGUCCAUGUUUUGUUCUUAUUCUUAGGCGCUAAGAGUAUGCUCCUUAGGAGUGUGAGUAUGGGCUUUAUAAAUUUUGCAUUUAUUAUUAUUAUAACUAAGAGAAAAAAAACACACACUUAAAACUUUACAAUAAGGGUUUACUGAGUAGACAUUGCAUCAGGAUCCUUGAUUUUGAACUUACAUUUCCACUAGAAAUUGAUUUUCACAAUAUUUUAAAGUAUUACUUCUGUAAUUUUUUUUCCGCGGGGUGGGGUAGGUGGGGGGGGGGGCUGGUUGCUUGAGUUCCAGGUAACCAUCUAUUUUAAUAUGGUUCAAAUUAGCACUCUUCAAAACCCUUUCCCAGCAGUUUAAAAUUUUUAAAUUUUCCUAAUGAGACUGAACAAUUUUAUCAAAAACAAGCUAAGGAGAAAAGCGUUUUCCGUCUAUUGAUGGUUAAAAGGAAAUGUGAAGUUUCUCAAAAUUUGCUCAUUAUUUACACUGACAAUGACAUAAUGCUGAGCGAAACUAAGAAACUGUUAAUGAAAUCUCAAAUGCUAUGUAAGAAAUUUUUUGCUAAUAGUCAUGAAAAACCUUUGAGGUUUUCACAAAUAUUUGGAAUUUGCUUUUUUAUUGUUGAUAUUUUCUCUUUUUGUGGGAUACAAUAUACAACUGGUGCAUUUUUUCAUAAGUAUUAACCACGCUCUUGCUCCCUCUUUCUUGCACAAAUAUUGUCACACUCUGCUUUAUUUAUAAGAUUUUUCCAAAUGCACCUAUAAACUAAUUGUGCAUGGUAGGAGAAAAAUUAAACCUUAUGAAAAAUUAUAUAUAAGGCCCCACUUUAGCUUUUGACAUAAAUCAUAUACCUUCAUCAGGAGCAAAUGGCUAACUCAGAGGGGCUAAUAAAGCACAACCACUUAUUCCCAUUUGCUGUUACAUAGAGUCAUACCUGGGGUAUAGUGUUAAAUUAUCUUAUACCAGAGCAUAUUUUGACACUGCUUAAUAACUAUGGCUCCAGAGGUGAAAGAACAUACAGUGUCUAGACACUGCCUUCAAACUAAAAAACAAGAUGCUUGCCAUUAUCUUGCUUCUUCACUGCAGCUCCUAGUGGCCUGAGCAGGGGGGAAAAAGUUCUUACUACUUAUUCUCUUUUGACACACACUCACACAGAGUUGAAGCUAGGUGUUGGAAUGUACUUUGUUUCGAUAAUGAAUAUUCCAAAAACGGGAGCCACACUUUUAUUAUUUUCUCUUCCAUUCCUUCUGCAUCCUGGUAUACCUGAGUCCACUUUCCCUAAAUAACAUUUACACAUUUUGUAAUCUCUAUCAUGUAAAUAACAUUUUCACACCUUAUAAUACUUAUGUCUCUAUCAUGUAAACAGCAAUUUAUUUUAGAAUUAUGUACAAUAAAAUAAAAGUGUAAGUUGUGUAGGAAAAUACCUUUGUUUAGUCAAGUGAUGCAGUUUACCAGCACAGAACAUGCUUUUCCAGUGUUUUGAGAUAAGUUCAGGCAUCAUAUUUAUUCAGAAUUCAGGUUUUUUUAAGACACAUUUUCAGACUCUCCUUUACUAUAGCAGGACCUAAUUAAUGUUCCAAGAGCGGAAUCUAUAUACUCGAGCUCCCAAUACUGAAGCUUGAUUGCAUAUAUCAUGAAUGACACCUCCUAGAACAGAAUCAGUGACUUCCCUAUUGUGGUUUUGUGCUUCAAACUAGAUAUCUUACAAAAGAUAAUUAAACAUGUAUCAAUAUCAUAAAUCGUUGAAAAAUCAGCAUAUUGUUCAUUUUCAUUCACAAAACAGUAGAUACUACAGAAGACUCAACUGCAUUAAACAGUAAUGUGAAAAGGCAACAAAUGGUCACAGCACAAAAAGAAAACAGAUUCUUCUGAAGCCCUAUACAAAAUGUGGAUAAAAGAGAAUUUGACGUUUUUUCAAGCAUUGAAGAGAACUCAAGCAUUUAGAGUCUAUGCACAGUGUGAAAACGGCAGGAAUUAAAAUUUUAGUUAAACUUGACCAGAAAGUAAAGUAUAAAGGUAGUAGAAAAUAUGCCUUAUAGAAUCAUUUUGGUAUUUUGACCAUUUUGUUCUUUUCAGAAGUGUGGUUUAUAAUUAUGUUUAGAAAUAUGUAUCUUGCCUAACUGGUCUUAAAUUAAUAUUCAGAAAACCCUUAAGUCAUUCUGUCUGCUGUGCAAAUUUGGGUGAACAACCUGGGGGAGAAGUGUGCGUGUGUGUGAAUGGACAUGCUCACACAGAGUUUGGCUUUUCUGAAAUUUGUCAAAUUCAGCAUACGUACGUUGUGUGUGUGUGUGGGGACGUAUUUGUGGUUAGUGUAUUUAUGACUUGCAUAUUAAAGGAAUCUGAUAUUAUCUUUUUUAAUUUAUGUGCAUGUGUUGAAAAACCAAGCUUUCUUUAAGAUGGACAAAAUCAUGUUUUUUAAUCAUGGAAAUAAAUGAGCUUGAAUGAAACCAUGUUGUUUACACACAUCAUACCUUAAGUGCAAAAUGACAUUUUAAACAGGAAAAAACUAUAAAGCUCAAGAUAUUGAACAUUUGAUAAUAUUUACCACUUUUUCAUGGAAUUCUUAGCUAUUUUUCAUCCAUCCUUAAAAGUUGUUAAAAUCUAGCAAUUACAAGACAUUUAGCUAGUGAUCUCUUGUGCAUGACUAAAAUGUGACUAAAUUUUAAUUUAUUCUCAAUUUAAGACCAGGAACAAGAAAUGUUUAAUGAUAUAUAACAGACUGCAUUGCUGCUUUAAAUGAAUGAAUUUUUCAAGGGUUGUAUUUUGAAGGAGCUGAGGGUUAUUUGCUCAGAUUUGAGAAAUUAGUAAUGUUAUAUAACACAGUCCCACACAUAAUUGCAAAAAUUAAUUCAGGUGAGUUUUCACAAACUUCAAGAUGGUGACAUACAAAGAGAGAGUCAGAAGUGAGGCAGUUCAUCUUCUGUGGAAUAUGUGCUGCACUGGAACGGGGAAAUCCCGUAGCUGUUUUGCCUGCAUAGAUUGAGGCAUUAUAACUCGUAUGCUACCAGAAAAGGUUGGACAAUAGCAGAAUUGCAGUCGUGGAUCAUAGGACUUUUGUUUAAAUAUGACUUUUUUAUUAUUAUUGCUGCCUAUGUCCUAUACAGAACACUUUGGUGCACAUAAGUCCAAAACAUGCUAUUGUGUUUGUACACUUUUUAUUUCUCUAAAUAUGCAUGACUAUUUGGAAAAUAUUUGAAAAGGUAUUUACUAACCAUUUAAGUUUAAAUUCGACAUAUAUUUUCUUGAUUACAACAUAUGAAACAAAAAAAAUUGUAGACACUUGCUCAUUGAAUAAAGAAUUGGAUGUAUCAAAAGA